AUGCUUAAGGAGACCAUUCUCACGGUGCAGACCUGUGACCUGAAAGUCGACAUCAACUGCAAUGGAUGCGUCAAGGAAAUAAAAAAGAUCAUGCAUAAGAUUGAUGGUGUCUACCAAACCAAUGUUAAUAGACAGCAAGGGAAGGUAACGGUGACUGGCGUCAUGGACAUGGAUACUGUCUUCAAAAAGUUGAAGAAGUCUGGCAUGUCCGCUCAGCUGUGGGAUGCAAAUUCCGCUGCAGUAAGCAAGCACCAAAAGCUCCAGCUUGGUGGUAAUGACAUGGGCGAUCAGCUGAAGGAUGCUAGUGGCAAGGGUCUACCCCAGGGUGAAGCCAGCAGCAGUGGUGGCUGUGCUGCCAGAAGCAGUGGUGGCACGAAUGAUGCAACAAUGGUGCUACCUCAGCUGACACCGACACCGGAGCAGCAUCUUGCAAAUAUACAACAACAGAUUGAGCAGAGGCUGCAAACGCUGAAGGGGAAGAAGCUUCCUCCUCAUCUCAUGGGCAUGCCUCCAGCCAUCAAUAGGGGUGGUAAGCAGAGUGGCAAGAAGAUUGGUGGAGGUACCAAAGUCCUAGUACCGGGAAAUGCUAACAAUGACAACAAGAAAGAUGUGGGCACAAAGCUAUACCAGGAUGCUGGAGGCAGCCAAGUCAAGAACGGUGGCACUGGGGUUGGGCAGCCGCCACACAACAGUGCCCUGGGCAGCCUGAACAACCGUAGCCAAGCUAAGAAAGACAGUAGUGCUGGUUUAGGCAGCCAGAUGAUGGGUGGCAGUAUGGCGCCACAGAAGGGGGGAAUGAUGAGGCCCACUAAUAACAUGAUAGGCCCCGCCAGCUUCCCCAAUAUGGGCCAGAUGGGCGGCAUGUCGAUGGGUCCCUACACUCACAUGGGUGGCUACAACGUGCAGCCAUCAUAUGGUGGCGGUGCUGUACAUGGGCUUGGUAUACCUGCCAACAGCUUGCCUGGGUAUCCUAGCGGUGCUGGCAGCAGCGGAUCGGAGAUGAUGCAGCAGGUAGCCAGGAACCCAAUGCUGCAACAACCAAGCAUAAUGGUGCAGCCUCAACAGGAGCACGAGAUGAUGAUGAACGCCCAUUCCCCUCACAGCCAAAAUGCCCACUAUGGGCCUGGUUGCACCGGGUACCAGCUGAUGGGGUACGACAAUGGGCAUGGGCACAAGCAGCAGCAAUACCCACCACCGAUGUACUACCCGAUGCAACUGCCGCCCAAACAUGACAACAUUUUCAGUGAUGAGAACCCUAACAUCUGCUCAUUGAUGUAA